AUGAGCGAACAAAGACCACCUGUUCCACCAUUCAGCCGCGAGACUGCGCAUGUCAAGGUCAAGGCCGCGCAAGAUGCAUGGAAUACCCAAAAUCCAUCCAAAGUCAAGAUGGCGUACACCCCCGACUCAAUCUGGCGGAAUCGUGGCACCUUUGUCAGAGGCCGUGAUGAGAUUGAGGCUUUUCUAACUGACAAGUGGAACCGCGAGCACGAGUACAAACUGCGUAAAGAACUCUUUGCUUUUGACAAUGACAAGGCGAAUCGCCGUGCAGUUUUGCAAUGGGUUGAUGAAGAAGAGACAGAUGAGUGGGAACAACGUCAAGAUUAG